AUGUCCGCGUUCAUUAAGUCCAUGAUAGUAUGGUUAUCAGACUUCCCACUGUCUCCUUUACUGGCACACGCUUCGAUAGAGGCUCUUGCUUCACCGGAGGUGUUUAACUGUUUGCUAGGAUGUCUUAUAGGAAAGACAGCUACUUCGACAAUCGAGUCUUACCAUUCACUACUUCAAAAGCAUCUAGAAUCGAAAGUGGAAACUAAAGUGGUGUUGGAAAUGAAGGAACUAAUUGCUAGCAUUAACUUCAAGAAGUUCUUCGAGAAGGAUUUACACACCUGUGUUAAGGUAUGCGUGCUUCUCUAUUUCAUUGGCACACAUACCUCUUCUUAUGCCAAUCUAGGGAUAACCUCACUAGGAUUUCUACAGGAAGAGGACAAAUUUAUCAUUGAAGUGUAUAUGCAAAUCCACAGAAAUGACAGGAUGAUCAGUACCAUAUUGAAGGAUUUCGAUGAAUUUGAACUGACGUUACGUGAGAGUCAAAAGGAAUCUUUCCUGUCUUUGAAGAAUAAAACAGAGAAUACUUUUAACGAGCUACAAACAUUUACUCAAUUCCAGAACAAUCCUGCCUUGACGAAGACAUCCAUGCUGCCUCCUACUUCUGCAUCUUCAUACGUUGAUGAGGUCUACAUCGACUCGAUUCUAUGGGAAAACAAACUACUUGAAGAUACUCUUUAUAAAUUAAUGCAAAAAUAA